AUGUAUACCCAAGUAGAUGAAAGCGUUCACAUCUCCUACCCUCAAGGCCUUGGGGCAGGCCACCAAUAUCGACCAAAACGCAACUCACGAAGCUCCUCGUCAGCAUGGCUUCACAAUCCCACGAUCGUUCCCCAGGAGGAAGAGGAGAGGCCGGACCCUUCUUCACCACCGCCCGCAGAACUCACAAGGAAUGUAAUUGAAGCAAGAGGGAAGAGAAGAUCUCGAGUCGACUCAGGAGUCAGUGUCUCAAAUCCCUCCAAUAUUUUCAAGAGCAGUUACCCAAAACGCUCGAAGAGUCCUGCAGCUUUGGGAGCUGGUACAGCAACGGCGAAGUCGUCGGCGUGGUCGAUGGCAAUAGUACCCGCAUCUUCUGCAUCAACAGCGCCGUCUGACACAGCACCUGAAUGCCCAAGCCCGAGAAUUCCAUACGAAGCGAUUCCUCAAGAAAUAUCAGAUGAGACACGUCGUGCGAGAUUCCGGAGAGAAUCACAAGCUAGUCAGAAAUUAAUCGAUGACAAAAUCAAAGCUCAUCGCGGGAGAGAGAGGGCAAGAAACCAACGAGCGGAGGAGAUGCUGCGCGCGACUAAGGAGCACACGAAGAUAACCGAGAAGAGGUUGAAACAGGCUGUGAGAGAGAAUAUAAUCACGGACCAGGGUACUAGAAGGCAGCGAUUCAAGAGGUGGGUGAGCGAACUAUGUUGGUCGAAGUCAGGGAGUUGGAAAAAAAGUUCUGUUUCUUUUUAACCAAUUAUUUCUUUACACGAUGUUAUGAUAUGAUGGCAAUUUGGGGUUCGGAUUUCAUGGGAAAUAUAUUCCGUUUUUGGCGCAAGUAGGACACCGUUGAGAGGGUGGGACUUUUUGCUUCUGGAGCCUGGUGUUUCUGAAAAAAAGGGAGCGAGACAUACAAUUGCCAGAUUCUGAAUAUGACUUUCACUUUUUGCUUGUAGCUUCGACAAGCUGCAUGA